AUGGUAGCAAAUACUGAGGACACCAAAAAGAAUACCGAUACCGACGAAGUGUCACAGGACAUCAAAGACAUGUGUAUCCAAGAAGUAACUGCUUUGUUUCCGGACAUUUGCUUGCAGUCCCUCCAAUCGAUCGCCGUACCCUUGCAUUUCUGUUUCUUGGCCGUGAUCAACCAUAUCAUCGAUCUGCUAGAUUCCGGACAGACAUAUAAAAAACGAGAACAACCUAAACAAAGCAUCGGAAAGAGAAAGCGUGAUGCUACUGAGCAAGACGAUGGCCUUGAAAAUAAGUUGCUCAAGGACAACCACCUUUACAAUUCCAGCGAUCGAGAACCACUGCAUCUGAGCAAGCGAGAUCCCCCUCUAGUGAAGAACAUGAUUGCAGGAGACUUUCAAUUCGUCCCCGUAAGGACCGUCCAGAAGUUUCUCGCAGAAAACAACUACCUUCUCUACCCUACGUAUCUUGCGCUCAACAAGUCCAUCCAACAAACGCACAAGCCCCUGUCUUGGAAAUACAAGAAAACGGCCACAGUGCAGUCGUCACGAUACAAAGAAGAGAACCUUGAGAAUUCUAUCAGGUCCGCUGAUACAACAUCGGAGGAAGGCCAGCAAGAAGUAAACCUCAUGGAGGAACUCAAGGCUGCUAGACUUGCUCGACGACAUGCAAACUUGGAGAGACAAAAGGAGCUCGAAGCCCUCGGAGCAGACAAACAAAACUUUGACGAGGCACAGUCUAAAGGCGAAAUAAAAGAAUGCGAGUGUUGUUUUGCCGAUACCCCAUUCAAUCGGCUUGUUCAUUGCAACGCCGAGAAUGCCCACUCCUUUUGCAUUCAGUGCCUUCGCCGGAACGCCGAGGACCAAGUUGGCCUCUCCAAGUAUGAACUGGCGUGUUUGUCCACAGAAGGGUGCAAUGCUGGCUUUUCCUACAAAGAGCGGCAGAAGUUUUUGCCCGAAUCACUAGCUUCUGCUCUUGAUAGAAUUGAGCAGGACGAGAACAUUCGACUGGCCGAGUUGCCUGAUCUUGCUCAGUGCCCUUUCUGUUCCUAUGCAGAAGAGUACCCGCCAGUGGCUAUUAACAAAGAAUUCCGGUGCCGAAAGCCCGAAUGCAUGGCCACAAGUUGCCGUCUUUGCAAAUUAGUUACUCACGUUCCCAAGACUUGUAAGGAGGCAGCUGUGGAAAGGGGGCUUGACAAGAGGCGACACGUGGAAGAGGCCAUGUCGGAAGCACUCAUCCGCAAAUGCAACAAAUGCAACACACCUUUCAUCAAAGACUCCGGUUGCAACAAGAUGACUUGUUCCAAACCCAACUGUCGCAAUGUGCAAUGUUACGUGUGUCACGAGUCUUGCGAGUACAACCACUUCGACCAGCCAGAACGCGGCGGUAAAUUGGGCAAUUGUCCCCUAUUCGAAGAUAGCGAGAUGCGACAUCAUGAAGAGGUUGAGGAGGCGGAGAAGAAUGCCAAACAGAAGGCGCUGCAAGAUAACCCAGAUCUUGAGCCAGAGGCCCUUGACUUCAAUGUCUCGUCAAACGUCAAGAAAGAUGAUGAUCGUAGGAUGAAGAAGUCUGCCGCUGCUGCUGGGGACUACGCCCGUCGAUACCGACCAAGGCACCACCAUGGUAACCACGGUCGCCGACAAGAAAACGAUGGGCAGGCCAGAGCAUUGCCUAGGUUUGCAAACGAACCUAUACAGCAUAAUCUACCUCGGCAACGGAAUGAACCAGUCCAGCCACCACAGAUUCCUGCCCACCGCCAGCAGAUGCAGGCAGGACAGGGACAAGCAAACCAAAAUCUUGAGCAAGGGCGAGCAAUGCCACAUAAUGCAAGGCCACAAGCACAAGCACAAGAUCUAGUACUGUUAGAUCAACAGAUCAUGCAACUGCAGGCACUGCUGGAGGCAGAGCAGCAGGCAGAGCAGCAGAAACGGCAACAGACACAGGCACAGUAUCGAAUGGUACAGCAACUGAACCAAGCACAGCAAACUCUGCAACAGAAAAGACUUGAUAAUACGAGGAACCAUCGCAGUCUCUCAUCGAUUAAUGCACAGCAGAAUCUUGCGAAGGGCCUAGGACUGUUUCCCAUACCUUCUCAGGGGGCACCAGCACCACAAAUGCAGAUAGCUGCUGCACUGCAGCCUGUUCCAGCUGGAUUACACUCACAGCAAGGCUCCAAUCCUUACAUCCUUCCAGAUCUUGAUUUUAUGCCAGACGAACUCUUCCCAUUCGAUCUUUUCCCGCCGAAUGGACAAUAA